ACUGCUGCAAGUCGGCAAAUGGACACUUUUGUUCGUAGCCAAUGAAAAUAAACCAGAAUCUCAGGACAAGCUCCUAAAGAUGCCCUAAACAACUCACUCGAAAUGCUCUCGCCGUGCCUGAGACGACGGCGAACUCCCGAACGAGACAGAACAAUGGCCAGCACCCUGGGAGGAGCCGCUGCCGUGCUGUUAAUUUUCCAUUUGACUGUGGUGCAGACGUGCCACCCGGGUUGCCAGUGUGAGGUCGAGAACUUCGGACUGUUUAACAGUUUCAGCCUGACGAAGGUGGACUGCAGUGGUGUGGGGCCCAGAAUGGUUCCCGUGUCGAUUCCCCUUGCCACGUCGUCCCUGGACCUUUCCUCCAACCGCAUCCGCUCCAUUGAAGCUUCCGUGCUCUCUGGGCCCGGCUACACCACGCUCUCCAGCCUCGACUUGAGUGAUAACCUUAUCUCCAUGGUGAAUGGGAGCACAUUCUCCAAGCUACGCUAUCUGGAGACAAUAGAUUUGAGUGGGAACUUGGUGGAGAACCUCGUAGAGGGCUGUUUCUCAGGCUUGCCCCUUGCCGAAGUCGACCUGAGCAGCAACCGGAUUCGUGUAAUUAAUUUGAAUGUGUUCGCUGUCAGGGACCAUGGAAGGCCUCUUAGCGUGGACCUGUCUGAUAACUUGAUCACGACUAUUGCGAGAAAUCCACAUUCGCAGCUUCCCACAAUUCAGAGUCUUAAUUUGGCAGGUAAUCAGCUGAACUUGAUGCCAGCACUUCAGAACAUCUCUCUCAGAUCUCUGAAUCUGGCUUGUAACCCCAUCCCUGUUAUUGUCAAGCAGAGUUUUGCUGGUCUGAGGGAUCUAGUCCACCUCUCUCUAAGUGACAUGCCCGAAUUACACAGCAUUGAACCUCAAAGUUUACAAGAUCUCCAAAACCUCCAAGUGCUCGACUUGUCACAUAACCGCAAACUGAAGUCAUUGAACGCGGAGCUUUUCAGUGGCCUCGAACUUCUUCAAGAGCUCAAUUUGUCCAACUCUGGAGUUGCGUCUCUGCCAGCCAAUAUCCUGCAGCUUCUCCCAAGCAUUAAGAAUAUUGUUCUGAGGGACAAAGUGAACUGCUGGAGAGUCCACAAACAGGAACCAUUUCACAGACACUUUGGGCUGAGUAAACCUGGGGAAGCCCUUACCUGCAACGUGGCUGGCGUCAUGUUAUGACCUUACCUGUUCUGAACUGAAAACGAAUUAAAUGUGAAACAUUUUCAAACGAAUGGCCGCUUCUUGGAGUGUGUGUCCACUGUGGAAUUUGAUUUGUAUGUCUUGGCUCACUGCUGACAUGUUGCUCACUGCUCACAAAAACACACGAGCUGUAGUGCAGCAUGAAUGUGCCACGUUGGCAGCUGUUCAGCUUUGAGCUUCAUAGGCUUGCUGUUCUUUUAACAGGUAGCACCACGAUGCUGUUACACAGUUGAUUUAAAUGAUUUAUGGUUAAGAAUAGGAUUAGUGAUGGAGGCUUUCCGUAUGGAAGUGCACAAUUGGCCAGAGAUUUUUCAUCUCACCAUGUACGUAGUGAUCAAUACAAUACCUUGCGUGCAUUAAUCUGGUACUAGAUCACAUGAGAUACCACAAGAUAAACUUGCCCCCAAAGUGUGGCAAUACUCUCAUAUUUUCUUAUUUCCAGUUCAACUAUGCAAGACUCCAUUUAGUUCUUUUUGAG